UCGAGCCUAGACGCACUCCGGGCCUGACGCAAUGACAGUUUUUUUUCUCUCUCGACAGUGGUAGUGAAAUGAAUAAAAAAUAGUGUGUUGAUAUGUGGGAUAUUUAAGAAUAUAAUUACCAACAGAUAAUAAUUAAGAACAAUGAGCGUCAUCCGAAGCACUCUCCUGAUUGUUGUGCUGCUGUCACUGAUGGCAUCAUGUGAUGCCAACUUUUUGGAGGACAUCAUUGGUUUUAUGUUCGGAGGGAAGAAUAAAAUGCGAAGCAUGUCCGAGAUAAUCACCGACUUCUUAGACGAAGUGUUCCCAAAAGAUGACAAGGACACAAAAGCCAUGAAGAACAUCUUCACCAUGUACAACGAAGAUGGAAACAAUUUGUUUAGCAGCCAAUAUUCGGGAAUGGACUAUUUGUCAGAGGAUUAAUUUUCUUCAUAAGUUAGGGCUCGUACACAUAAACAUGAUACGUGAAACGCCACGUCGUAUGUGUACGAGCCCUUACACUUAUUACCACGUACAUACAAACGACUGAACCCUAUGUAUUAAGAUGUUAAGUAUUUAUUGUUAUUUAUUGUAACUUAUUCUUAGCAAUAACAUUAAUUAAAUAAAACAAUCUUGGUAUGA